AUUAUUAUUUUAUUAUUAUUUAUUAUUAUUUAAUAUAUUUAUUACAUAUUGACCGCAUUAAAUGAACAAUAUGAUUGUCAAGUGCGCUUUACUGAGGCAUGACUUUCUAAAUAUACUUUAAAUAAUUUACGCCCAAUAAGAUUGCUUAAGAUUUCAAUAAUGAAAGGACGUAACAAUAAAAAAGAUACCUUUAACAAAAAAUUUGACUAGAUUCAAAAAUCCACUAACAAUCCACUAACUACUGAUUUUCACAUUUUGCUAAAUCAGGAAUUGUAACGAAGGAGCAGAGAGAAUUCUCGGAAUCACUUUGGCUUCAAUACCAACCAAAUAUAGAGACAAUUAUCAAACCUAUUUAACUCAACUCUUACUUAUUUCGAUAAAAACUCUGACCCUUAUCCCGCGCAUUCAGGAGUUUAAUACUUUGGUAUUUUAAAGCAUUUGUCUCUUUCCAUGAACUUCCGAGUGUAAAUUGAGACGUCUCAUAUCAUCUAAGGAACGACUAGAAUUAGAUACAAAUUUUUGUUUUGAAACAUUUGCAUUCGUUACAUUAAAUGCUAAUAGUGAGGAAUUUAGUCAGUACCUGAUUUUUCUCAAACUUUAAUAUGUUAAAAAGGGCUAUUUAAGUGAGCAAAGUAUGAUAAAAAAAAGUAUCGCAAACAAAUAUAAAUAUUUUUAAUUUCACUUUAGAAUUAAACUUAAAUCUAAUCUCGAUCUUACAAAAUACUCAGAAAAUUUCAUCAUUUUUGUUUUGCGAUUCGCUUACUACAUCGAAACCAGUAAAGUUGUCGAUGAAAGGCGUCCUCUCCCAUAUCGAUUAUAUUGAGAUAUAUCAUAAAGUUCAACACUUUAAAUAAUUUUUAUCUAUACAUAUAAUCGGCGCUCGACCUUAGUUUCCGAGUUCUACGCAAAAAUAUCCCGCUGCUCGACCCUAGCUUUCAAGCUGGAUUGAAAUGAAAAUGAGGAAAUUUUCUAGAGUUUCUCUUAGAUUGAGGUUUCUUGGGAAUACCGGAAUAUUCACAAAACAACCGCAAGGUAUAUAAAGAAUUGAAUCACGAAAACGACUGCUAAGUUUGUGCUAAGUUUGCUGCUAAGUUUGCUGCUAAGUUAAAUAUUAAAUAUUUUGUUAGUUUGAAGUUACUUUUAAUUUAAUAUAAUGGAUAAAAAUAAGGACUGGAAUAAGAUAUUGUAUGAAAUACUUCAAUGUUCUAUAUGUUUGGAAAUACCCAAGGGAAAGAUUUUACAGUGUACGAAUGGACAUCACAUCUGUCACUUCUGCUUUAAGAAAGUGCCAAAGUGUCCAAUAUGCAAUGAAGAUCUUAUUACAACCAGAAACUUAGUCGCGGAACAACUAAUUGAUAAUCUUGAGCACAUAAAGGAAUCAGUAGAAAAUCAAUUAAAACAGGUGGAAAAGAAAUGUUUACAACGCAUUGUUGACUAUGAAAAGAAGAUGUUUCAGAAAGAAUUUGAAAGUAUUUCUACACAAACAGAUGCAGUAAUUAAAUUUAAUACACAAACAAAUGGAAAAACACAUCACAAUUGUAGACAAAACAAUAAAAGCAAAUAUACAAUACAUGCCACUGCUUCAUCAUAUCCUUGCUGUAUAAGGUCAUGCAGGCAUAAAUUACCUUGUGCAGUACUUAUAAAACAUUUAAGAAAAUGUCAUGAAAAUAUAUUUUAUGAGGUUUAUCAAGAUAAUAAAAGAUUUUCAAAGUCAUAUAUAAUAGAGAUAGAUACAUUGCCAAAAGAGCAUAAUUUUGCUUUUAAUAUAAGUAAUAUGGCGUUGUUCUUUUUUAAAAUAACGAUUUAUAAUGAUGAGGAACUACAAGCAAAUAUACAGCUUGUGGAUGACCAUGUCUCACCAGAACAGUUUCAAUGUGAGCUCAUGCUUAAAAAUCAAAAUUUACACUUGCAGCGUUUUAUGACGGUAGUAUUAUGCCACUAUGAAAAACCAUAUCCUCUUUGCCUGACGAGAAGUGAGGUGUCUUGUCUGAUGAAGUGCAAAUCAUUUGAAUGUACAUUAAUAAUAGAACGAAGGAAUUUGUAAAAAUGGUAGUAAAUUAUAACUGCCACCAAAUCAUUUUCAUUAAAGUUUAAUAUAUGUAUUUGAAAAUAA